AUGACUUUUAGAUUUGGUCAAAAGUUCCUUGACAUACGACACUUUGCUAGAGGCUUUUUAACUCGACAAUCGUCACCUGUUAAAGCUCAUGCUUUAAUACCUUUUGUAGUUGAACAAACGGUAGACGAUAGUGUAGCGGCUGUAGUUGUAGCUCAAUUACUAUUUCUUGAAGCCGAAAAUCCAGAAAAACCGAUUAGCUUAUACAUUAAUAGUCCUGGUGGUACCGUAACCGCCGGUGAACCAGGAAAACGUUAUACACUUCCAAAUUCUACUAUAAUGAUACAUCAACCAAUAGGCGGUGCAUCAGGUCAAGCAACUGAUAUUGCUAUUCAUGCUAAAGAGAUAUUAAGAGUUAGAGAAAGAUUAAAUAAAAUUUAUAAAAAACAUUAUUAUUAUAUGACUGCUGAGGAAGCUCUAGAGUUUGGCUUGGUUGAUAGAGUUUUGGAAAAAAGGGAAGUUACUCCACCAGAACCAUUAAAAUAA